AAUGCCUGAACCAGCGAAGUCAGCGCCCAAGAAGGGCUCCAAAAAAGCCGUCACCAAGGCGGCCGGCAAGGGAAAAGGAAAGAGGAGAAAGACAAGGAAGGAGAGCUAUGCCAUCUACGUCUACAAAGUGCUGAAACAGGUCCACCCUGAUACCGGCAUCUCGUCCAAGGCCAUGGGCAUCAUGAACUCGUUCGUCAACGACAUCUUUGAGCGCAUCGCUACUGAGGCGUCCCGUCUGGCUCACUACAACAAGAGAUCCACCAUCUCCUCCAGAGAGAUUCAGACCGCAGUCCGUCUCCUGCUGCCCGGUGAGCUGGCUAAGCAUGCUGUGUCAGAGGGCACCAAAGCUGUCACCAAGUACACCAGCUCCAAGUAAAGUGCUAUA